CCAUGGUUUUUAAUUCACCCUUCCAACCUCUAUGCCUAUGAAAGCAUGGAUAUUGAGUUUGAGUGUGCAGUCUCUGGAAAGCCUGUGCCCACUGUGAAUUGGAUGAAGAAUGGAGAUGUGGUCAUUCCUAGUGAUUAUUUUCAGAUAGUGGGAGGAAGCAACUUACGGAUCCUUGGAGUGGUGAAGUCGGAUGAAGGCUUUUAUCAAUGUGUGGCUGAAAAUGAGGCUGGAAAUGCUCAGACCAGUGCACAGCUCAUUGUCCCUAAGCCUGCUAUCCCAAGUUCCAGUAUCCUCCCUUCUGCUCCCAGAGAUGUGGUCCCCGUUUUGGUUUCCAGUCGAUUCGUCCGUCUCAGCUGGCGCCCACCUGCAGAGGCAAAAGGGAACAUUCAAACCUUCACAGUCUUUUUCUCCAGAGAAGGAGACAGCAGGGAACGAGCAUUGAAUACAUCCCAGCCUGGGUCCCUACAGCUUACUGUGGGAAACCUGAAGCCAGAAGCCAUGUACACCUUCCGAGUUGUGGCCUACAAUGAGCGGGGACCAGGGGAGAGUUCUCAACCCAUCAAAGUGGCCACUCAGCCUGAAUUGCAAGUUCCAGGGCCAGUAGAAAACCUGCAAGCUCUAUCUACCUCACCUACCUCAAUUCUUAUUACCUGGGAACCCCCUGCCUAUGCAAAUGGUCCAGUCCAAGGUUACAGAUUGUUCUGCACUGAAGUGUCCACGGGGAAGGAACAGAAUAUAGAAGUUGAUGGACUGUCUUAUAAGCUGGAAGGCCUGAAAAAAUUCACGGAGUAUACUCUUCGAUUCCUAGCUUAUAAUCGCUAUGGGCCAGGAGUAUCUACUGAUGAUAUAACAGUGGUUACGCUUUCUGAUGUGCCAAGUGCCCCGCCUCAGAACGUCUCGCUGGAAGUAGUUAAUUCAAGGAGUAUCAAAGUAAGCUGGCUGCCUCCUCCAUCAGGAACACAAAAUGGAUUUAUUACUGGCUAUAAAAUUCGACACAGAAAGACGACCCGCAGAGGCGAGAUGGAAACACUGGAGCCAAACAACCUCUGGUACCUGUUCACAGGACUAGAGAAAGGAAGUCAGUACAGUUUCCAAGUGUCAGCUACGACAGUCAAUGGCACUGGACCACCUUCCAACUGGUAUACAGCGGAGACCCCAGAGAAUGAUCUAGAUGAGUCUCAAGUCCCGGACCAGCCAAGCUCUCUCCAUGUGAGGCCUCAGACCAACUGCAUUAUCAUGAGUUGGACUCCUCCCUUGAACCCAAACAUUGUGGUGCGAGGAUACAUUAUUGGUUAUGGCGUUGGGAGCCCUUACGCUGAGACAGUGCGUGUGGAUAGUAAACAGCGAUAUUACUCCAUUGAGAGGUUAGAGUCAAGUUCCCAUUACGUAAUCUCCCUAAAAGCUUUUAACAAUGCAGGAGAAGGAGUUCCUCUGUAUGAAAGCGCCACCACCAGGUCUAUAACAGGUAUUUUCAUCUUAAUGAGGAUAAAGGAUUUGAGAGCAAGAGUUGAUAGCGAGCACCAGAGAAUAUAG